AGACAAGAUGGCGACGUCCGUGGGGCACUGCUGCUUGCGAUUGCUGCACAGGGUCGCGCCGUGGCGGAGCAGCCUCCAUCACUGUGAGAACACUGCCUUGAGCCACUCCCUACAGCCCUCACAGAAGCUGCCUUUUAGAGCGUUUCGCACAGAUGCCAGAAAAAUCCACACUGCCCCUGCCCGAAGCACGUUCCUGCUGCGCCCCCUGCCCAUUCUGUUGGCGACAGGCGGUGGAUAUGCAGGGUACCGGCAGUAUGAGAAGUACAGGGAGCGAGAGCUGGAGAAGCUGGGAUUGGAGAUUCCACCCAAACUCGCUGGUCACUGGGAGCCCUGACCCUCUAACCUGCACCCUGUGAGCCACCAAGACUGAACCAAUCCCAGGAAGCGGCGCCACCAACCGGCCUCGUGGAGGCAGAGGCCCUGGAGCAGUGACAGCACAGGAGAUCCUCUGGCUCCAGGGAAGGGGAGGAAAGAGGAAAACAAAGGGAGUGAGCGAGUGAGCCUCGCCCCGCCCUCCCUGCGCCGGUCCAUGAUGUGUCAGUCAGAGGCGCGGCGAGGACCAGAGCUCCGCGCGGCGAAAUGGUUGCACUUCCCCCAGCUGGCCCUGAGGCGGAGGCUGGGGCAGCUGAGCUGCAUGUCCAGACCCGCUCUGAAACUGCGCUCCUGGCCCUUGACCGUCCUCUACUACCUCCUGCCUUUCGGCGCCCUCAGACCGCUCAGCCGGGUGGGAUGGAGGCCUGUGAGCAGGGUGGCUUUGUACAAGUCAGUGCCGACGCGCUUGCUGUCACGGGCCUGGGGUCGCCUCAACCAGGUGGAGCUGCCCCACUGGCUGCGUAGGCCUGUCUACAGCCUGUACAUCUGGACCUUCGGGGUGAACAUGAAAGAGGCGGCUGUGGAGGACCUGCAUCACUACCGCAACCUCAGCGAGUUCUUCCGGCGCAAGCUGAAGCCACAGGCCCGGCCUGUCUGUGGCCUGCACAGUGUGAUCAGCCCAUCGGAUGGAAGGAUCCUCAACUUUGGGCAGGUGAAGAACUGCGAGGUAGAGCAGGUAAAGGGAGUCACCUACUCCCUGGAGUCGUUCCUGGGCCCACGUACCUGCACAGAGGACCUGCCCUUCUCACCAGCCACCUCGUGUGACUCCUUUAAGAACCAGCUGGUCACCCGAGAAGGGAAUGAGCUCUAUCACUGUGUCAUUUACCUGGCUCCUGGAGACUACCACUGCUUCCACUCUCCCACCGACUGGACUGUGUCCCACCGGCGCCACUUCCCAGGUUCCCUGAUGUCAGUGAACCCUGGCAUGGCUCGCUGGAUCAAAGAGCUCUUCUGCCAUAAUGAGCGGGUGGUCCUGACGGGGGACUGGAAACAUGGCUUCUUCUCACUGACGGCUGUUGGGGCCACCAACGUGGGCUCCAUUCGUAUUUACUUUGACCGGGACCUGCACACAAACAGCCCGAGGCACAGCAAAGGCUCCUACAAUGACUUCAGCUUUGUGACACACACCAACAGAGAGGGCGUCCCCAUGCGCAAGGGCGAGCACCUGGGUGAGUUCAACCUGGGCUCCACCAUCGUGCUGAUCUUCGAGGCCCCUAAGGACUUCAAUUUUCAGCUGAAAACAGGACAGAAAAUCCGCUUUGGGGAGGCCCUGGGUUCCCUCUAGAGCCUGUUUCCUUGUUACGGCUGCUAAGGGAUCUUUUCCAAACAGAGUGAGGGUCUUUCAGAGGGGAAGGCCCAUGAGGCCAUCCAGGUGAGGGCCUGCCUUGGGGUGGGUGGGAGCCUGACCAGGUAGGACUUGAAUGAUUCAGCUCCCACUUGUUCCAGAGGUAUAGAAAAGGGGGUGAGAGCCCUGUCAUGCCCUCAAAAGUAUCCCAUCCCUUCCCUACAAAUAAAAAGUGCAGGCUGGAAUGA